GGGACCCCCAGAGCACCCCGGGGCCGGGCAAACUCGGGGGGGGUGUGGGGGUGUGUGCAGAGCACCGCCAGCUCAUGACACGAGUGGGCUGACCCCCCAUCCCACACGCUCAGCAUGGGGGGGGCCCCUUUCCACAGCCUCACCCCUUCCCAAUGGUGUCACCGGCAAUCGCCCUGGCCUUCCUCCCCUUCCUCAUCACCCUCCUGAUCCGGUACCGGCACUACCUGGUGCUGCUGUACCGGGCGGUGCUGGUGGGGUGGCUACGGGACCGGCUCACCGGCGUGCCGCGGGAGCAACGCGCCUUCCAGUACCUGCUGGCCCACGCCAUCCCCGGCGACCCCCGCCACGUCCUCCAGACCCUCGACCAGUGGAGCUACUACUGCGAGCACCUCAGCUGCGUCGGGCCUGUCAAAGGGAGAAUCGUGGAGAGGCUGGUCCGGGAACGGGCGCCGCAGCGGGUGCUGGAGCUGGGCACCUACUGCGGCUACGGCACGGUGCUGCUGGCACAGGGGCUGCCCCUCGGCGCCCGCCUCUACACCGUGGAACCCGACCCCCGUCAUGCCGCUGUGGCCGAAAAAGUCAUCCGCCUGGCCGGCUUCGACGAGCGGACGGUGGAGCUGAUCGUGGGCCCCUCGGAGGAGGUGAUCCCCCAGCUGCGGGCGCGGCAUGGCCUGGCCAAGGCUGAUUUUGUCUUCAUGGACCACGGGAAACGCUGCUACCUGCGGGAUCUGCGGCUACUAGAGACCCACCAGCUGCUAGCCCCAGGGACUACCGUCCUGGCCGAUAACGUUCUCUUCCCCGGGGCCCCCCAUUUCCUGCAGUACGCCAAAACCUGCGGGAAGUACCGCUGCAAGGUGCACCGCGCCAGCCUGGAGUACUUCCGCGCCAUCCCCGACGGCAUCGCUGAGCUCUGCUACGUGGGGAACUGCUGAGGCGGGGGGGUUGGGUCUCGUAGGAGCACCAGGGGGCCUCCCCUCACCCCUAAACACGGGCUCUGGGGGUCUGUGGUGCAGAUUUGGGGGCUGUUUGUGUGAAAAGUGAGUUUAUU